AUGGAUGUGGAGACACUUAACGAACUGCAAAUAGGUAAUCCUGAGAUAACUCUCUAAGUGAUUAAGAAUUGUGCUGAAGGCGCCUAUGAAUGCAUUCAAGCUCAGCAAUAUGAAGUAAAGUAACAAGAUAGGUUAUUCUAGGAUGAGGAAUAGAAGGAUUAUAGUAUCAAUUUAGAGAUCUAGCCCAAAUAAAAGAAUCUAACCAAGGCAAUAAUACUAUUAACACUGUAGUCAUAAAAUAAAACUGGCAGACCAUUAAACCCUUCUUAGCAAGAAAGUUUGAUGACAAAAUAAACUCAUCUGCACCUGAAUGGGAGGAAAAUCUAGCUCAUUGAAAAAGAUUCCUUAGCAUCUACUCCAAAUAUAAAAGUUCUUUAUCUAUUCGAUAAUUUGAUCAACUUAAUUGAGCCAUUAAGCUUUUCAAAGUUGUCUCAUCUCAUACAACUAUCCUUAUACAAUAAUCAGUUAAAGAAAAUUCAAGGAUUAGAAAAACUUACCUCUCUCAGAAGAUUAUAUUUAGAAAGGAAUUAGAUCUCUAGAUUAGAGGGUCUUACUGACUGUCAAUAACUGGAAGAGUUAUAUCUUAGUGGCUAGAACUUAACAAACGACUAGGAAUUUACCUUUGAUGAUUACAGUCUUGCUGCCAUAUCUAGAUCUAUUAAAAUUCUUGACCUUUCCAAUUCUAGAGUCAGGUUCCCAUAGCAAUUGUAUUACUUGGAGUACCUAGAUUCGUUGAAUCUGAGUAGAAAUAUGAUAGAUGAUUUUGAUGAAUAAAUUAAUCCCCUUCUUUCGACGAUGAAUAGACUCAGAAAUCUGAAUUUGAAUGAAAAUCCAGUCCAGGCAGUUACCUAAAAGUAUAGAGAUUAGGUCGUUUUGCUUAGUAGAUCAAUUGAAGAGUUAGAUGGUAAGAAGAUCACUUAAUAAGAAAGGUAAUAUCUGAUUUAGCUAGUCCAAAGAAAAUAGAUUAAGAGUUAACAGCAUCCAUAGUCUAAGGAAGGCAAAAAAAGUGAGAAAUUUGAAGUCAAUGGUUAGAAUAAAGUUAUUCAUGAGCAUAUUGAACUUACUAAAAAUCAAGGAAAUGGCUCUGAGGAUUAAGAAAAUGAAAUUCAUAAUUAACAGUUUGAAGCAGCUGGUACAUUAGAUUAUUACCAGCAUAAAGCUCUGAAAGGAGGGAAAGUACUUUAAAAUCCAUAAAUUAAAAAGAAAUCAGCUAAUCUUAAUAAUAAUGCAGAUUUUACCAAUGUUGGGUAAAGUCAUAUGAUGACAAAACAUGUGCCUAGAUUAGGUAAAAGAUGA